GCCAGCGGACGUCACCGUCGUGGACGCCGUCGUGAGGCUGGCGACGCAGCGGGGCAUGACCGUGGACGAGAUGACGGUGAGCGACAAGCUGGCGCCCGCAGCCAUGGUGAGCCAGCAGCAGCAGCAGGCGACGCGCUCCCGCUUCAUGAUCACCGACAUCCUGUCGAGCCCGGGCUCGGCGUCACCCUGCUCGUCGCCCGGCUCGGGAUCAGAGGGCCCGCGCGACCUGUCGCUGCGCUGCCGCGCCGCCCACGCCGCCCACGGCGCGCCCCCCGCGCCGCCCGACGCCGACCUCAGCGACGGCCACGAGAGCGGCACCGACUCCGGCCUCGCCGCCGACUCGCACUCCGUCUGCUCCAAUGGACACAAAGAGGACGAGAGCAAGGGCGGCCACGGUUCGAGCAGCGCCCUGGCCAAGAAGCAGCGCAAGGCGCGGACGGCCUUCACCGACCACCAGCUGCAGACGCUGGAGAAGAGCUUCGAGCGCCAGAAGUACCUGAGUGUCCAGGACCGCAUGGAGCUGGCCGCCAAGCUCAGCCUCACCGACACACAAGUCAAGACGUGGUACCAGAACCGCAGGACCAAGUGGAAGAGGCAGACGGCGGUGGGCCUGGAGCUGCUGGCGGAAGCGGGCAACUACGCGGCUUUCCAGCGGCUGUACGGCGCGCCCGCCGCUUACGGCUGCUGGCCGUACGGCACUGCGGGGGCGGGGCCGGCCGCGCCAGUGCCGGCCGUGGUGUCGCCCGACCUGUACUACCGGCAGGCCGCUGCCGCCGCCGCCGCCGUCUCCACGCUGCAGAAGCCGCUGCCCUACCGCCUGUACCCCGCCGCCGGGCUCGGCCUCACGCUUCCCGGCCCGGGGCCCUCGCACCUCGGCUCGGCGUCCGCCUCGCUGUCGUCGCUGUCCAGCUACUACCAGCAGCAGCAGCAGCAGCAGCAGCCACAGGCGGCGCGCUCGCCGUCGCCGCCGCCGCCCCCGCCGCCCCCGCAGGCCGUGGUGUCGGCUGAGGAGGCGUCCGCGCUGAGCCCGCACGCGCUGCCGCCGCGCAGCCCCGCCGUCUCGGACCCUGACGUGGGCGCCGCUUCGGACCUGCACGCCUGA